AAAAGGUGCGUCGAGCAGUGAUCAUCGCAGUCCGCGCCCGAUGGAUUCCGAGGAGGGCAGCGAUUUUUUUGAGUUCGAAACAUAUGCAGUGGGCUGCAUUGAUUUCGGUGCUUCGCGGCCCGCUGUGGCUGCUGAUACUUUAAGGUCGUUCACUGUGUUCGCCGACAUUGAGAAGGACAAAGACUGUGAUAAGCGCAUCUACCUGCUGCAUCGGUUUCCCAAGGAGGACCCUCCAGGGUCACAUUCUGAUGCCACUGACCACCCGGAGAACGUUAGGCUUGUUGAGAAGCGCGUGCGAGAUGCAACCUGGCUACUGAGCGAGCGACCUCUGCCAGAACAACUCGUCUUCCUUGAUGAGGAUAACUCCAGUGGUCCUUCCCAUGUGGUCGUUGUUCAGACUGCUCAAGAUGGCCCUGAAACCAGCGACUACGAACUGCAAGUGGUUCCAGCUGAAAGGUUGAUCUAUGGACCUGGUGAAUACCCCAUGGUUUCCUCGCCGAGAGGAAUGUGCAUCAUCAUCAACAACUGUAACUUUGAAUGUUACGAUGAGCCGCGCUAUGGAUCGGAGCUUGACGUGAGUCGCAUGGAGGCCCUCUUCAAGGCAUUCCUGUUCAAGUGCAUUGUACACAUCGACAAAAAAGCGGACGUGAGUAGCAAUUGCCUUGCUUCAUUCAUCGAAACUAUGUUUGUGUGUGGAAAGGCAGAGUUCCACAUAGAAAUGAAGAAACUCCUGUCGGAGGCAGCUCAGAGCAAAGAACAGGAGGGGGCCGAUUGCCUGGUGGUAAUCCUGAUGUCACACGGAAACCAGGACACGAUCCAGGGUGUAGACGGUGAGGAGCUGCACCUGAUCAACAGUGUUUACGCGCAGUUCAACGAUGAGAAAUGUCCAGCCCUGAAAGGAAAGCCCAAGCUGUUUUUCAUCCAGGCCUGCCGGGGAGACGACUGGGACAAUGGAACCUACGUCAAAGUGGGUGCUUCAUCAGAUGCCGCGCCACUAGCGGCUGAUGCACCUCUGUCAUCAUCCCUGCUUAGACAGAAAUCUAUAAUGACCUGGUCGGACAUGUACAUCGCCUACGCGGCGGUCCUCCGUUAUAGGUCGUACAGGAACUUAGAGGAAGGUUCGUGGUUCCUCUCGGCUGUGUACAAAGUGUUCAGUAAACAUGCUGGCACCAUGCACUUGGGCAAGCUGAUGGAACGAGUGCAUGAUGAAGUCCUGGAAAAGAGCACCGACGAUGGCGAGAGGCAGACACCCGUCGUGGAGACUCUGGGCUGGAAGAAGGAGUUGUACUUCAACCCGAAAAAAUUCCUUGACAGCGCGCCAGAGGAAACCGUGUCAAACUCUGCCUUGUAGAUUUCAGCGAGUGUGUCUACUUUAUUAUUAACGUGCCAGACCUUUGACAAUCACCCUCUUUAUGUGAACGCGAAGUGUGCCUACGAGUAUGUCCUUAUAGUAUCUCCUCAAUGCCGCCUUAAAGUGGUAUUGGCAUCAUUUAUCGAAAAUGAGUUUACACUGCCAUACAAAUAUCUUGUAGCUUGCUUCCGUAUGCAGAGAAAGGUAAACAUGGCGAGACUGCGUUGACCUAGCAGCGCACUCGCACUGGUGGAAAGGUGGGAAGUGGAAGAGCGUCGCGGCGGUGGUGGUAGCCUUGGUGUCUUGCAGUGGCGCUACUGCAGUAUGACGCAAAGUACUGAAAUUAAACCAGAAUAUACCAAAUGGCAAAGCGUGUUCAUGUAGAAAAAAAAGCUAAAAAUGGAGAGGCAUCAACUGCAGAAGUGCAAAUGAAGAGCAGUGAAAGUGGGGAACCUGCCGACGCGGAAAAUGCAUCAAAAGACAGAGUCCGAGGGACAGCAUUACAGUAUGCGGUCAAUCACACUGGAGAGGCCAAUACAAAUUUUCUGGUAUUCCGUCGCCAUAUGAAUUUGUCCGCUCACUUCAUGACACAGUUCUUUCCCACUUGCUAUGAAAGGGAGGAAUUCAUUACCACUCUAUUUUUUUAGCUGGACGCCCUUGCAGGUGCGCUGAAACACCAAUUUUAUUGAUAUGUACUAUUAUUGCUGUUGAACUGGCACGUAGUUUGCUACUCUCUGUUUACUGGUAUCAUUUUUACGUGAUGUAACCACUCUUGCUUGGAAUACGCCACGACCUGAAGUAUUUUGCAAUAAAUAAAUGGAAUAAAUUUAUAUAUAAUAUCGAAGAUCGUGCAUUCGUGUGUUUCCAACUACUCCCUUCCUUCUUUAUGUUACCAGCCACAUCUGCGCUUUUCAAAUGCAAACGUCUAUUAAUAAUUUUGGUUUGCACAUGACGCCCCAGACAUUCAAGUAAUAGGAGAUGCGCCCAGUGUUCCUGGAGCACCACUGGACGGGUCAACUGUUUUGUGUUGGACACAUGCACUGCAGUGACGCAAUCUUUCUCCGCCUCCAUAAAAAUAGGCCACAACUGAGCGCAGUCGUCGCUGGAGCUUUUGGGACCAGAAAGAGUGGUCCUUCUAUUUAUGCAUCCACCUGCGAUUGGUCAGUGGCCUUACUGCGCCGCGACAAAUCGACGAAAAGACAGUAUCGGAGUUUUGCGUGCUUAAAAAAAUCAUCCAACUAGCAUGUUCAAAAUGUGUUCCACUUUAGAAAUUGUACUGAAUGGAAUUCCCUGCCUGCAUCGUUAACAAGCAUAACUGACUCCGACAAAUUUAAGAAUUUCCUGAAAGCUAUGAUUACCUAAUUAUACGCUGUAUGUUUUGUUCAACAAUUGAUUUAUUUUGCUUAUUGCCUUCACCAUCUAAUAAAAAUAAAUUUAUUGUUCAUCACUUGAUUUUCAUGAUGUAAGUUGCAGUAUCUGUACCACAAUCAGUGGCUAUAUUUGUAUGACAUUUGCUUCGUGCUCCUUGUUUUUUAUUGUUGUGAAUUGCCCUUCUCCUCUGAAAUUUACUGUAUACCCUGACGGUAAAAUCAAUUAAAAAACUCAAAUCC